CUCAAUGACUACAGCGGAUCUCUUUAAAUAAGUAUGGUGAUACACAUAUUUUAAUCGCAGUGUUACCGAAGCUGUCAGCUUUACUUCAGCCGUCUAGGAAAUUCCUUGUAAAAGCUACCAAAUAAUAACUUAAUAGAUCAUACUUUGGUCUGGGUUUUUAAACUACAUAAAUAUUAAAGGAGAAAUCUCAGUCAACAUUUUCUAACCGAAUACAGACCCAAUUAUGAACAGUACAAUACAUAAUAGGAUUAGUGUAUCUUCAGCCAUGUAAAGUAAAGACUGCUAACAGGAUAAUAGGCACCACUAACGCUACAAAUAACAUCAACAAAUACACAAGAGUGAAGUUUAAUUUACAUUUGCGACCUUCUGUCCAUUUUACGGUUGAAUUUCCGUUUUGCGGCGCCGUAUUGUGGCAUAUGGGUUAUAGAUGUACGGCGGGAAACAACAUGCCGGCUAAGAAACAGAAAGUCAGUAGUGAUGAAAACAGUAAUCCUGAUCUUUCUGGGGAUGAAAAUGAUGAUGCCGUUAGUGUAGAAAGUGGCACAAAUACUGAACGACCAGAUACUCCUACUAAUACUGCCAAUGCACCUGGAAGAAAAAGCUGGGGAAAGGGAAAGUGGAAGUCCAAGAAACGCAAAUACACAUUUAAAUGUGUCAACAGUCUCAAGGAAGACCAUGGCCAGCCGUUGUUUGGGGUACAGUUUAACUGGCACAGCAAAGAGGGAGAUCCAUUAGUGUUUGCUACAGUAGGUAGUAAUAGGGUGACCUUAUAUGAAUGUCAUUCUCAAGGUGAAGUUCGUUUGCUGCAAUGCUAUAUAGAUGCAGAUGCUGAUGAAAACUUUUAUACCUGUGCAUGGACAUAUGACAGCAAUACGAGUCACCCGCUUCUGGCUAUUGCUGGGUCAAGAGGGAUUAUUCGAAUAAUUAAUCCCAUCACAAUGCAGUGUGUAAAGCAUUAUGUUGGCCAUGGAAAUGCAAUCAAUGAGCUUAAAGUUCACCCGAGAGAUCUUAAUCUGCUGCUGUCUGUAAGUAAAGUGCUUUUUGUACCAAUGAUUAAGGUGGACCUCUUCUACGCAAUAUUAUGUCAUCUGCAUAUACUAUGGAUGUUCCAAGAUGAGAUGUUUGUAGUAAUGUCACUGAUAAAUAGUGAAAAUAAAACUGGAGCAGUUACUGAUCCUUGGGAGACUCGUGCAGAAAAGGACUAUGAUCUUCUUGGAGAAAAAAUAAUGUCGUGUGGUAUGGACCACUCUCUGAAACUUUGGAAGAUUAACUCUGAAAGAAUGAGAAAAGCAAUAAAGGAGUCAUAUGAUUACAAUCCUAAUAAAACCAACUCUUGUGAAAAUGCAAUUGUAUGCUGGAAGCCUGGAAGAAUGGAAGACAGCAUAGAUAAAAUCAGGCCAAAUGAGUCUAAUGUGACGAUUCUAAGCCGAUACGAUUACAGUCAAUGUGAUAUCUGGUAUAUGCGUUUUUCCAUGGAUUUCUGGCAGAAGAUGCUUGCAUUAGGCAAUCAAGUUGGUAAGCUUUAUGUCUGGGACCUGGAAGUUGAAGACCCUCUUAAACCUAAGCCAACAAUAUUGACUCAUCCAAAGUGCAUUUCUGCCAUUCGACAGACCAGUUUUAGUAGAGACAGCAGUAUCCUCAUAGCCGUCUGUGAUGAUGCUACCAUCUGGCGCUGGGAUAGACUUCAUUGAAUGCAUUGCCUAUUUGUUUGAAUAUGUUCUCUCUAUGUACAGAUGCAAAAUUGUCUAACUUUUACUAAUGAUCCAAUCUGUUUUUGUAGUAUGUUGUGUAUUUUGUGUUGCUUUUUGUCCUUAUUAUACUGCUUUUCAUAAAUAUAUAUUUUUUUAUAAAACUGUA